AUGGCCCCGGUCGAUCCCGCCAUCACCCUAGCGAUGUGGUAUAGCGGCAACGACCUCAUCCUCGCCCUCACGAGUGGGACCAGUGCACUGACGGUGGUCUACACCAUCACCUGCCUGAUCUGCUACUGUACUGGAAAGCUACACCCGCUGUCGCUCGCGUACAUCGACUUUGGCGCCACAUUCCUGUGGGUGUAUACCACGGCGACAACAAUCUUUUGGAUGGGCGGCGGCGAUUACGGAAUCGGGAGCUACUUCUGCCAAAUGCGGUUCACUUUUCUGUUUGUGGCGACAACGGGCAUGGCGGUGGCGGCGGUGUAUGGGGAGAGGAAGAGCGAGAGGAGGAGAGCAAAGAAGGCGGCGGCAGCGGCGGGGGGGGGUGGGGGGUGGGUGUCGGACGACGUUAUUGUGCCCGGAAUGGUGGAGGCGCCGGUGUAG